AGAGACGCAUGUCACCGGACACACAUCGAGGAGAUUUCCUUGGCCAAAUCAGCAGCGACAUGGACAAAGAGAAGUUCUUAUCCGAGGAUUUUGUUGUUUAUACCUUAUUUGGGGCCUUGUUUGCUGGCUUUCAUCCUAUUUCAUCAAUAAUGGCAUUAGCUUUCAGUUUACUUGCAGAGCAUCCUGCAGCUUUAAAAGAGUUGACUGCUGAGAAUGAGGCACUUCUCAAAAACAGAGAAAAUGCAAAUUCCUCACUCACUUGGGACGAAUAUAAAUCGAUGACUUUCACUCGUCAGGUUGUCAAUGAAACUCUUAGACUGGGAAAUGUUGCACCUGCAUUGUUCCGCAGAGCUUUGAAAGAUAUCCCAGUAAACGGAUUUACAAUUCCAGCAGGUUGGACGAUUAUGGCUCUCACCUCUGCACUUCAACUAAGUCUCAACACAUUCAAGGAUCCCCUCGAGUUCAAUCCAUGGCGUUGGCAGGACCUUGACUCCCUUGUUGUAUCGAAGAACUUCAUGCCGUUUGGUCGAGGAUCGAGACAAUGCGCAGGGGCAGAGUAUAGUAGGGUGUUCUUGGCCACCUUUCUCCAUGUCUUGGUCACCAAAUAUAGCUGGAAAACGAUCAAAGCGGGACGCAUUACUCGAAAGCAUGUGUUAGGAUUUGGGUCAAGCAUUCACAUUGAGCUCUCGGAGAAGAAAAACUGAGAUACUUUUCAAAUUCUGUUUACGGGAAAUGAUCGAGCACUUGUCUAGAUGUACCUAUAAUUAAAAAUAACGUGCAAUUAAGUUAUGAAUUAGCCCAAAAACAGGAAAAUCUAUAUAAUUAAGUUGGAAUAAUUGAGGGUUGUGCACUAAAAAGGCCUCCCAG